AGUCCUGAUCAGCAGCACUGAGCACUCUCCGAUUCAAUCCCAGGUUGAAAAAUCUCAGCUUUUUUCACUAUUUCCUGCGUUUCAGAGCAUCUCUCAGAGUGUACAAAUAAUAGCAUGGCGACUGAUGAUGAACAGGAUGAAAAUUAUCUUUAUCAAGAUAUGACACAAAACAAGGAGAGAACAUGUGGAGGAACUAUACCUUGGGAAGUUUUAACAAGAGUGGAGCUUGAUUCAGCUUAUGUCAAUGAGAAGUUACUGAACCUGGAGAUACUUCUAAUGCAAGUGGAAAAUAGAGAAAGUAAUUUUGACGGUAUAAGUUUGGGGAAUAAGGACAUUUCGGCAGAGUCUCUCGAGAUAGCCUUUGAAUUUUAUACCUUGUCGGGGAUAUUGAAUUCAGAGGUCAAAGAACUGGAGAAGUUCAUGUGCUUUCUCCAAACUGAAGUUGUGGAUGCCCAAACUGGAUUAUCCUGUAAUGGUUGUUUUAAGGAAUCCUUAAUUGAAUUUGAAGAGAAGUUGCAUGCUGCUCAAGAAUGUUUGAAUCAGUCACAAGCACAAGUUGCAGAUAUUAAAAUGCAAACAGCCAAGUUUGAAAGGGUGCUUGCUCUUGGGAUUGACGCGAAUGACAUUGUUGAGAAUGGUCCUGAUACAUCUAUUAAUGCUAGGUGGAAACUGCAGCAUGUAGAGCAUCAAGGACAUAUAUUACCAUUGUAUGAGAAGUCUAUUGCAAAGGCAUUGGAUCUUGAUAAGAAGUUAACAGUUUCAAGAAAUAAUGAAGAGGCAUUUAAACUUAAACUCAGGUUUGCUGAGAGUGAACUUUACAAUUUAGAAGAAUCUUUUGAGAUGGUUAUGGGGCGACUGUUUCUGGCUGAAAAUACUUCUGAGUUGCUCCUAAGUACAUCAAAAGAAUUACUAGGAAAGUUUUGGAAUGCUCAAUUGGAUCUUGAUGAUCCACUGCAUCAUGAAUGUGUUUCAAGAUCUAAAUUGAACAAAAUCAUCCUGAAGUCAUCAACUGGAGAAAGUCUAUCUGGACAGCACACGCCUGUUAGUGCAGAACUUGAUGACAUUCUUACUUUGCCAGUAAAUGGGCUGAAAAGUAAUUUAGAGAAUACCAAGGAUGAGUGCACUGCACCUUCAGAGGUUUUUGCCUUGCGAGAGAAAGUCAGGUCACUUGAAGAUCAGUUAAGAAAGUGUGAGAUUAAUUUACAUUCUACAAAGGGAUCUGCCAAAGAGAGUCAACAGCAACAAAAAUUGCAUUACGAAGCUAGUGAGUUUGAUCAUGUGAUAAAUGAUUUAAGAAAAAAUGUGCUUGAAAUAGAGACUAGAGCUCAGAAUGCUGAAACAAAGUGUGAAUUGUUAACCAAGUCAAAUAGUGAGCUAACUGAAGAGCUGGAUAUUGUUAGAAGUAAUGCAGAAGAAAAGGCGAAUUUGUUGGAGAGGAAGCUUAGGCAAUCGGAUAUGUUGUUAGAGCAUGCAAAAGCAUCUUUCCAAGCAAUGGAGGAGCAGCAGAGUCUCUUAAACUCUACCCUGAUUGAUAUGGAAAAUUUGAUAGCUGAUCUUAAGGCCAUGGUUGCUAAAGCUGAAAGCAGGGCGGAGAUUGCUGAAUCGAAGUAUAAUUUACUGACUCAAUCAAAUUUUGAUCUAAAUGAAGAAUUAAGCUUUCUAAGAGGCAAACUUGAAUGUUUGCAAGCCUCUCUGCAUGAUGCUGAUGAGUCUAAAAUUGCCACUUCAAGGGACAUUAAUAAUAGGAGUAAAAUUAUUGCCAACCUGGUCAUGAAACUUGCAUCAGAAAGAGAGCGUCUUCAAACACAGAUAUCUGAACUAACAAAAAGGAAUAAAUAUCUGGUGGCUAAACACUUGAAGAAGAAGGAUAAGGGUUCCCUUUGUGCAAAUGAGGAGGGAAAUCACUGCAAAAGUGUGCAUUUGAAAGCUUCAGAGGAAGUAUUAACCAAGACUUCAAGUACAGAACCCCAGGUCAUCACGGAGAUGCUGGUGUUUUCUGACGAAAUGAUUAAGAGCACGCCCGCUGCAAAUGAUGAACAGAUCUUAGUUAAAGCAUCAAAGCUUGAUCCUGUAAGAAGUUCAGAACCAACACAUCUUAGUUCGAAACGCAUUCUGGUCGCGGUUGUGGUCAUACUGGUUUCUGUUCUCUGGUAUCUAAUUCAACAAAAGAACUGGUGUUGAGGUUCUUCCUGCACUCCCAGUCAAUACCGGUCCAAGGAACGGCAUGUUCGAUAUAAUCUUCAUUUAUUGGGUAGUGAUUUUAAUGUACUCUUACCCUUUAUUAUCUCCAUCUAUAGGCAAACAAGAGAUGAAUCUCCUUACAUUUUCUUCAUUCGGUGAAUUUUGCCAAAAAGAAAUUACCGCGGUAGCGUCACUGUAUCAGCACCAUGUUAAUGCAGUCAUACUGCUGCAUGCUGAAACUACCAUUGGUGUAAAAUAAUUCAAUACAGCUUUUAGCCAUUUUUUCCCGAAUUAUCAACUUCAUUGGUAAAGAAGCAAGCAAAUAUUAACUUUAAAGAUUUCGAUCA